GAAGACAGAGAGAGAGAGAGAGACAACAACCAGGGAGUAGCCUCCCCAGCUCUCUCUCUCUCUCAAUACACCGUCCGGCGAGUCUCGAAUACUUUCCGGCGACUUUGACAGACUCCGGCGACACUCCGAGCUCUAUAAUCUCCACAUUUGUAAUGUAUUUGCCUGGGGAGAUGUUAAAAAAUUUUGUAUGAAUUUUUGGAAUUGUGAGCAUGUGAGCAUUGUUUUAGGGUUUAUGCGGUGAUCGAAGGCGAAUCCGAAUCGAAUUUGGAGGAGUAAUGGAGCAAAGUGCGACGGUGUCUGAUUUUCCACAGAGGAAGCUCGCUAAACAACUCGAAUCCACCGCGAUGUGCAGAGCUUCGGCGAAUGCAAUAUUACCGGCGCAUCCCCAAGCUCAAUUACAAGCGAAAUUGCUUGCAUUAGCAAAGCCACAAUCACCACCGCCGCCGCCGCAGUCAAAACGGCAACGGCGGCUACGGGCGGCGCAUCCAUUGCCAGUAGCCACAAUGGAGUCUCCAAAAUCACAACAACAGAAUAACAUUGAAGUAAAGGAUGGUACUCCAAAGAAACAAAAGCAGUGCCAUUGCAGAAAUUCUCGAUGCUUGAAGUUGUACUGUGAGUGCUUUGCUGCGGGGAUUUAUUGUGAUGCUUGCAACUGCACAAAUUGUCACAAUAAUGUUGAGCAUGAUGCUGCUAGGCAAGAGGCUGUUGGAGCGACAUUAGAGCGUAACCCAAAUGCUUUCCAACCAAAGAUUGCUAACAGUCCACAUAAAUCACAGGAUGGUAGGGAAGAGGCAAGGGAGGUUACAGCAAUGGCAAUACACAACAAAGGAUGUAACUGUAAAAAAUCAGGGUGUCUCAAGAAGUAUUGCGAGUGCUUUCAGGCCAACGUUCUGUGUUCUGAAAAUUGUAAAUGCAUGGACUGCAAAAACUUUGAAGAAAAUGAAGAGAGAAAGGCUCUUUUCCAUGGGGACCAUGCUAAUUUUAUGUCUUACAUUCAACAGGCAGCCAACGCAGCAAUUAACGGGGCCAUUGGGACUUCACAUCUUGGUACCCUUCCAGCAUUAAAGAAGAGAAAAAAUCAGAAACUUUUUUUCGGUGGAACAGCCAGCGAUCAAUCUAUUCAUAGGAUUACACAGUUUCAACAGGAAAACCGUUUAAGAGCUCCUGCUACCUCAUCUUCACUGUUAUCAGCUCCUGGUUCUUGCACUAUUUCAGCAUCAUCUAUGGGAUCUUCCAAAUUGAUAUACAGGUCUCCGUUAGCAGACGUUCUUCAAUCACAGGACGUAAAGGAGCUCUGCUCACUUUUGGUCAUAGUUUCUGCAGAAGCUACGAAGGCCCUUGCAGAAAAAAAUGGCAAAAUGGAUAAAAAGGGAGAUCAGCUUGAAAGUUCUCUUGUUUCUUCUGAUCAAGAGAAACAUAGCAAAGUAGAAGAUAAUGUGCAAACAUCUAUUCCCGAUGAUUGUUUGAGCGGGGACCAAGUAGACACAGCAGGCAAUUCUGGAUCAGAUGGAAGUGAUGCACAAACUGGAAGGCCACCGUCUCCUUCAACACUUGCGCUGAUGUGUGAUGAACAAGACACAAUGGUCAUGGCAACUGGGUCUCCCGAUGCUGCUGCAAGUAAUGGAAGCUUGACUAAUCAGUCAUCGCAAGGGCAGAUCUUCACAGAGCUUUAUGCUGAGCAGGAAAGGAUUGUCUUGACAAAGUUCUGGAAUUUUCUCAACAGGCUCAUCAGUUGUGGAAGCAUUAAAGAAGCCAUGUGUUCUCCAUCACCAAAAAUCAAAUUAGGCAUUCAACAAGAACCAGAGAAUUGCGUCACGACUACAAAAACUGAAACUAGUCACAAGGAACUCGAUGGCACGAGCAUAGUAAAAUCUGUUGAUCAGGUUGUUGCCAAAAUGUCAUAGGCCGGUAGUACAGUCCUUUUUAGUACAGUCCCGAGGGCACGGCAUACAAAUGGAGAGAUACAACCAGAGAUCAAGAAACAGAUGUAAUAAGACAGAUAAGUAAUUCAGAAAAUGUUCUCUGUCUCUGCAAUGUUUACUGUAAUAAUAUAAUCUAGGGUCCCAUUGUAGAUCGAAGAAUAAAUCACAACAGACCCUUCAUUAAUAUUGUAAGAUCAUUAAUGUAUUUAUGGUUCACUUGAAGCGUUUUUCUCAGCUUCAUCUUUGUCUU